CGGUGACGCGCCCACGGGACGCACACGAGAUGCGCUCUUUGCGAUCACCCGAGAGGAAGAAGCGCAGCACGGACCUUAUGAUCGAUGGCAAUUAAAGACCGUAAGACUUCAACCACCAUGGCAGCAUCUGGCCUCCUCCUGGGGAUCCUCGCGCUGUCUCUGAGUCCCGGAGACUCGAGGUUCAUCGCGGACCCGUUUUCACUCGUCAAACAGAAAUCACUGACCGUAGACGUGUGUUCAGAGUGCAGCCAGUUCCUCCAGCUCUCCGCCAACAUGAUUUCCAGCAGGGAUGCCAAGGAGACUGUGUAUGAAACCUUGCAUUCCCUGUGCCAACGCCUCCCGACAGAACAGACCUCACAGUGCGAUUCACAGGUCAAGGUGUAUUUGCCGAAGGUCCUGCAGCAGACACCCGGUCACCUGAAACCUGGAGACACCUGCAUGGUUUUUGGACUUUGUGCUGCCCACAAGGAGGAACUGAUGGAAACUCCGCACCGUGCCACCAACACGGACGUGUCUGGCUCUGCACUCGGCUCAGCCACCAAAACCCAGGGUCAGUUCAACCCAGCCUGCACCCUGUGUUUGUAUUUUAUCAAAAAACUGGAGACUCUGCUGCCACAAAAUAUGACUGAGGAUGCUUUGGUGAAGGUCAUGGGAGAGGUCUGUUAUCUCCUCCCAGAGAGCUACAAGGACCAAUGUAAUGAUUUUGUUGAAAAAUAUGGCGCGCAGAUAGUGGAAUUCCUCUUAUUGUCUGCUGCACCUCACACAAUUUGUACCCUGCUGCACGUCUGCUUGUUCGAGGAGCAGCCCGUCCAAGAGUUGUUCCUGCCCUCUGAUUGUGACUUUUGUCGCACGCUGGCUGCGCUGAGCCGACUACAUCUCGGUCUCAACUCCACCCAAUCCCAGACUUCCUCUUUCCUGCAGUCAGUGUGCGUCCAUCACCCCAAUGCCAUUCCCAAGUGUGAGGCUUUCACCAAAAUCUACGGCUCCAGACUGCAGAAGGUUUUGGGAAACCAGAUGGAAGCCCCGCAUGCUUGUGAAAGAGCUGAUCUGUGUGUUGCUGCGAGGAAGUUGGAGCCGCUCGGAACGAAUCAUUGUACUUGGGGGCCGAGCUACUGGUGCAAAGACGUUCAAACUGCUCAAAAGUGUGGCAACCAGGCCUUCUGUGAGAAGUACAUGUGGAAGGAGUGAAUGCAACUGACAUGUGCACGAGUCCUGCUUCCGCCGCGACACAGACAGCCUGUGAGCAUAGAAAUAACCACUUUCUUUUUACAAAUGUAUUGCACUGAUCAACUCUUUUCUGUCUUUUGAAAUUAAUGCCAUACGCUAUUUUGUUCAAUAAGCAUAAAUGUUUUUCCAAACAUUAUUCAGUUUGUAUUAAGUGUAACAAAGCACAGGCUGGGAUUCAGUCUGGAACAUCAGUUUCUUGUAUUCCAGUUUAGUGAGUGGUAAUAUUGUGUAGAUUGCUAAAUAUGUUGAUGUGGAAAUUACAAAAAAAACGUUCAUUACAUAGGAAGCUCCCAGCAUGUAUGAAAGACUAUUGUGCGAUUAAAAUAUGAUCCAAUCAUCCUAUGAUCUGGGGUGCUAAUAAGCACACAACAAAUUGCUAAACCUCAUUAAAAUUCAAUAAACAAGA